AUGACUUCUUUGCAGCCUACCUACCCAGCACUGCCCUUUAUUUAUAGAAAUAGUGGGAAUGCACUUGAUCCAAAACCUACGCCCAGCGCAAAUGUGAGUUCGUCUGAAAUAACCCUCUCCAUUCCAGAUCAACUGCAGCAACAACUGCAAACCUAUGGAUAUCCUCAAAAUGGACCAUAUAGUAUACAACAAAAACAUCAACAUAUCAAACAACCGUCAUAUCAAGAUCAUCAAACUCGGCAGCAAUCUCCUACCCAACAAAUAAUGUCAACCAUCCCACCUCAAAUACCAGACAAUGUUCUGAGAAAGCCAAAUAUACCUGGAACAGAGCAACCAGAUGUCGAUUGGAAUAAUCCUGAAAAUUAUAAUUCUCAGCCUAAUACUGAUUCUAAACGGCCAGGGGGACUGGUUCUCCCUAAUAGGCAUUAUUCUCUUCCACAGAGCAAUGUUGGUACAGCAUAUAUUAAUAGUGGUCAAGUUCCUGGCUCUACACUUUCAUCAACAUCAUAUCCUUCGAGUGCAAGGGGCUAUCCUGUUGGAAGUGCAUCAACGGGAUUUGGUUAUGAUAUUAACAAACCAUCAUAUUAUUACGACUCGAACUCGGUUCAUCAACAACAAGCACAGACACAGCAACAGUAUUAUAGUUAUCAUGCCCCUCCUGCUGAUUCAGAUAGUUAUCUGGUUCCCCAACCAAUCGUCAAUGGUCUUCCACAGCAACAACAACAAGUUGUUCAGGAACAAAACACCACGCAACACAAUGUAAACCAAUCACCUAAAACUUUUCAAGGGUAUAAUGAUUACAAGUAUAACAUUUAUCAAGGUUCCAAUGGUGGAAAUGCAUAUGGGGCAUAUUAUCCAGAUAUGCCAGAUCGUACAAGGGUGGCCAAUUCCUUGCUGUACAACUUAACAGGUGAAGCUAAUUCUGCUCAUUAUGCUCAACCAGCGGAAUAUGAGGCCGCACCACCGAACAAUUCGGUUAUGUUUAAUACUCAUUAUGCAAUAUCCAUGCAAUACCCCAAUCAAGAAUACCUGCAUCAUCUUCCUCAUCAAAAAGAACCGCAAUCGCCUAAAAGGUUUAGACCAAGGAAAAGUAUAGAAGGAAAGCAAAUGCCUAUGUCUCGAGCAUCAAACUCUGUGAGUUUGUUGGUGCAAGAAUGGUUUGUGAUUGAACCUACUAUUGAACAACGAGAAAAGAUGUUCAGUAAUAAGUGGCGAUUGGGAACAACGGAAACUUCAUAUUUCAAUAAAAGAAAGAGAGCCAUUGGAGUUAUUCAUAAUGUUGAAAAGCAGUUUCCUAAUCUAAAUAAAUUUCAAAUUGCAAAGUACAUUGAUGACUAUUUAAAGGUGAAAAAGUUCAAAUAUCCACAGUUUAUUUCCCAUAUUCAAACAGUGGUUCAACGUCAACAAUGUGAAAGAGAGAUUCUUGAAUAUAUCAGAAAUGAGUUAGACAAAGCUUAG